UCCUCUCUGUUCCCUUGUUCAACGACGAAAUCCUUCGCUCUCUUUGCUCUUGUUUUUGAUGGAAUCCGUGCCUAAUUCCACGCCGGUCCCUCAGAAGCUUCACGUCGGAUCCAACGGGAUUAUACCCAAUUCGAACCACUUCCUUGAUCUGAGGAGUUCUCUUUCUUCCGUCGAGGCCCCGGGCCGGAACGGCGAUCCGAAGCUCCAAUCUGGGAGGAAGAUGGGGUUGGAGAUUAAAACCAAUCCGAAAAUCGUUUAUGGAGAGGCCGGGUAUGUUCUUGAAGAUGUUCCGCACCUCACCGAUUAUAUGCCGGAUCUCCCUACCUAUCCCAAUCCGCUGCAAGAUAAUCCAGCAUACUCAGUUGUGAAGCAGUAUUUUGUGAAUCGGGAUGACACUGUUGCCCAGAAGAUUGUGGUUCACAAGACCAGCCCCAGAGGAACCCAUUUUCGACGUGCUGGGCCCCGCCAAAGGGUGUAUUUCGAGUCAGAUGAGGUGCAUGCAUGCAUCGUAACAUGUGGAGGCCUGUGCCCUGGGCUUAACACAGUGAUAAGAGAAAUAGUAUGCGGCUUGUCGCACAUGUAUGGUGUCACCAAAAUCCUUGGCAUAGAGGGUGGAUACAGAGGUUUCUAUGCACGCAAUACCAUUAGUUUGACGCCCAAGACUGUUAAUGAUAUUCACAAAAGGGGAGGCACCAUCCUUGGCACAUCACGAGGCGGCCAUGAUACGUCAAAGAUAGUUGAUAGCAUUCAGGAUCGUGGGAUUAACCAGGUCUAUAUAAUUGGAGGAGAUGGAACUCAAAAGGGGGCCUCCAUGAUUUUUGAGGAAAUUCAAAGAAGAGGCCUUAAAGUUGUUGUUGCUGGCAUUCCAAAGACGAUAGACAAUGACAUUGCGGUUAUAGAUAAGUCGUUUGGUUUUGAUAGUGCUGUGGAAGAGGCCCAACGGGCAAUCAAUGCAGCACAUGUGGAAGCUGAAAGUGUUGAGAAUGGAAUAGGUGUUGUGAAGUUAAUGGGUCGCUAUAGUGGGUUUAUUGCAAUGUAUGCCACUCUUGCAAGCCGAGAUGUGGACUGUUGCUUGAUUCCAGAAUCACCUUUCUAUCUUGAAGGGAAGGGUGGACUUUUUGAAUAUAUAGAGAAGCGUCUUAAAGAGAAUGGUCACAUGGUUCUUGUUGUUGCUGAGGGUGCAGGACAAGAGCUUAUGGCUGAAAAUAUGCGGUCCAUGGGCCAUGAAGAUGCUUCUGGAAAUAAGCUACUCCUUGAUGUUGGCCUUUGGUUGUCUCAGAAAAUAAAGGAUCACUUUGCAAGCAGAAAGAAGAAGAUGGCAAUAAAUCUUAAAUAUAUAGAUCCAACAUACAUGAUUCGUGCAAUUCCAAGCAAUGCCUCUGACAAUGUUUACUGCACAUUGUUGGCACAUAGUGCCAUCCACGGUGCCAUGGCAGGAUACACUGGUUUUACUGUUGGUCCUGUUAAUGGCCGACAUGCUUACAUACCGUUCCAUAGGAUUACAGAAGCACAGAACAAGGUUGUGAUAACUGAUAGGAUGUGGGCAAGGCUACUCUCUUCAACUAAUCAACCAAGUUUUCUGAGCCAUAAAGAUGUGGAGGAUGCACGAAAGGAAGAAGCACCACCAACGCAAUUGUUGGAUGGGGAGAACUGCAAGGAUGGUCAUCAUGUUAAGGAUGUAGUUGACAACGGUCUGGCGUGUAAUGGCACUAGGUGAGGUCGACCAUGACAAAGUGUUAUGUCGAUUAUUUAGCUGUUCUAUUCAGCAGCAGGAGAUCCCUAGGUUGUGUUAAUGGUGCUACAUAGAUGAAAUUUAAGCUUAAAAAUACUUUUAGACCACUAUAUGAGCAGUCCAACCAAGCGUGUGUUUGUCAGGAUCUAUAAAUAGACAGGCAUGUGUCUGGCAGGAGCUUUUGUAUUUAUAUGGAAGGGCUGUCAAAUUUUGCUCCAACUCAGUGAAUGAGUUGAGCUGUAUUUUAUCGCUCAGGUCAAACAUACGAGGGUUUGUCCUCCUGAAUAAGAUGGAUUCUUUUAUUUCA